CUAUUCCGCAUUAUUCAUUCAAACGGUACCCCGCCAUCCCCAGUACGCACGCGCUUCUUCUUCUUCUCUUCGACCUACUGGACCCCCGCACUGACUGUUUCGUGCCUUAUCAGCUGGUGGUCAAAUUCAACUGUCCACACAGCCGUUAGAACGUUACCUGCUACACCACGAUGGCACCGACAAUGCGCAUCCUUUUGAUUGGCAAUGGGGGUCGUGAGCACGCACUCGCUUGGAAGCUGAGCCAGUCCCCCCUGGUCGACUCCAUUUUCGCCGUCCCAGGAAAUGGCGGCACGGCGAGCUGUCCCAAGGUUACAAACGUGUCGUCUGUCAAGCCGGAGGACUACCCGGCCCUGGUGGACUUUGCCAAAUCACAGGGCGUCAACCUUGUGGUGCCCGGGCCAGAGGCACCGCUCGUCGACGGCGUCGAGGGAUACUUCCGAGCCGCCGCCAUCCCCUGUUUCGGCCCUUCCAAGGAAGCGGCCCGGAUGGAGGGGAGCAAGACAUUCUCCAAGGACUUCAUGAAGAAGCACAACAUCCCCACGGCUGCCUACGAGAACUUCUCCGAUUACGACCGGGCCAUCGCCUACCUCGAUCGCAUCUCUCACAACGUAGUCAUCAAAGCCACGGGCCUCGCGGCCGGCAAGGGCGUCAUCAUCCCGAACAACAAGGAGGAAGCCAAGGCCGCGGUCAAGCAGAUCAUGGUCGACAAGGCUUUUGGGUCGGCCGGCCAGGAAAUCGUCAUUGAGGAGUUCCUCACCGGCGAUGAGCUCAGCAUUCUUACCUUCAGCGACGGCACCCACACCCUCUCCUUACCCCCGGCGCAGGAUCACAAGCGGAUCGGGGAGGGCGAUCAGGGUCCCAAUACGGGCGGCAUGGGGUGUUACGCGCCCACGACCAUCGCGACCGAGGAGUUGAUACGCCGCAUCGAGGAGGAAGUGGUGGAGCCGACCAUUCGGGGGAUGCGCCAAGACGGCAUCCCGUUCCGCGGCGUCUUGUUCACCGGGUUGAUGAUCGGGAGCAACGGUCCCAAGGUGCUGGAGUACAACGUCCGAUUCGGCGAUCCGGAAACGCAGACCGUUCUCCCCCUCCUCUCGGAGGACACCGAUCUCGCGGAGAUCAUGAUGGCCUGCACGGCACACGAGGCCCGCCUGGACUGCGUCAAGAUCCGGGUCGAGCCGAAAUACAGCGCCACCGUGGUGGUUGCUGCCGGCGGGUACCCCGAGGCGUACGCCAAGGGGACUCCGAUGGUCGUCAAGGCGUCGACGUCGCCCGAGGUCACCGUGUUCCACGCCGGGACACGACUCACCGCCGAAGGCAACCUCGAGACGUCGGGCGGUCGCGUCAUCGCCGUCAACGCCACGGCCACCGAGUCGCUGGAGGCUGCGGUGAAGAAGGCGUACGAGGAAGGCAUCAAGCUCAUCCAGUUUGAGGGGAUGUACUUCCGCAGGGAUAUCGCUCACCGCGCUUUCCGCAAGUCCUCCCCCGCCACUGCUACUAAGGAGGCGCUCACCUACGCAGGCGCGGGCGUCAGCGUCGACGCUGGCAAUGAAUUCGUGGAGCGGAUCAAGAAGGCCGUCAGGGCGACCAAGGUGCCCGGUGCCGAUGCCGAAAUUGGAGGUUUCGGGGGCGAGUUUGACCUGGCGCAAUGUGGACUCUCGUUGGAGGACGGGCGGCUCCCCAUCGUGGUGGGCGCCAUCGACGGCGUGGGCACGAAGCUCCUCAUUGCGCAGAAGCUGGGGAAGCACGAUACGGUGGGGAUCGACCUGGUGGCGAUGAACGUGAACGACCUGAUCGUGCAGGGCGCGCGGCCGCUUAUGUUCCUGGAUUACUACGGAUGCAGCAAGCUCGACAUGGAGACGGCGGCGGCGUUUGUGGAGGGGGUGGCAGCAGGCUGCAUCCAGGCCGGGUGUGCACUGGUGGGAGGCGAGACGGCCGAGAUGCCGGGGAUGUACCAGAAGGACGACUACGACGCGGCCGGGUGCGCGUUCGGCGUCAUUGUCGGGAGGCAAAGGCUGCCGCGCCUGCAGGACAUGAAGCAAGGGGACGUGCUGCUGGGGCUGGCGUCGAACGGGGUGCACUCGAACGGGUUCUCGCUGGUGCGGAAGAUUGUGGACCGCGAAGGCAUCGAGUACGGCGAAGCGGUGCCGUGGGACCAGGGCGGCAAGACGGUGGGUGAGAGCCUGCUGACGCCGACGCGAAUCUACGUCAAGGGCGUCCGGGAGGCGGUAGAGCGAGGGCUGGUAAAGGGGUUGGCGCACAUCACGGGAGGCGGGCUGAUCGACAACAUCCCCCGGAUGCUGCCGGAGCACCUGGCGGCGGAGGUGGAUUUGACAGCUUGGCAGAUUCCGGGCGUGUUCAGGUGGCUGAAGCGGAGCGGCAACGUGUCAGAGUUGGACAUGUGUCGGACAUUCAACAUGGGAAUUGGCAUGACUGCGGCGGUGGAUGCUAGCGUGGUCGAGGAGGCAGUGGCGGCAUUUCAGGCGGCGGGGGAGACGGUGUUCCGGAUUGGACGCCUCGUGAGUCGGGGAAGCAACGCGGAGGGUUGCUCGAUUGUUAAUGCGGAUUCGGCGUCUUGGGACUAACAGGUAUUAGAAGUGGCUUUGUAGAAAAGGAAGCUAAAAAAAGAAAGAAAGAUAGAAAAAGGGAAGGAUUAGGGCGCCCGGACGUUUUGAUAUCGAGCCCGUAAAAGUGGAGUUAUAAUAAUAUAUACUCCUUUACUUACAAACACUAUAAUAAAGCGAGGCCUUAUCGAGUCCAGGU